GGGGGUAGGAGGCGGGUGGUGGAUUUGCCACGUCGGAAACAAGGGAAACUGCUACUGGAACCAAAAUUACAUUGAAAACGUGAAGAGGAGCGGUGACAGUGAGACUUAUUUCAAAGCAAACAAGUCGUUCUUAAGCAGCAUUAUUGGCUGUUUCCAGCAGAAAUAUGGUUUCAGUUAUCAAUACUGUGGACACGUCCCACGAGGACAUGAUCCAUGAUGCACAGAUGGACUACUAUGGCACAAGGCUGGCUACAUGCUCCUCAGACAGAUCUGUCAAAAUCUUUGAUGUAAAAAAUGGAGGCCAGAUCCUUGUGGCUGAUUUGCGAGGACAUGAGGGUCCUGUGUGGCAGGUGGCCUGGGCUCACCCCAUGUACGGAAACAUCCUGGCCUCCUGUUCCUAUGACAGGAAAGUGAUCAUCUGGAAGGAGGAGAAUGGCACCUGGGAUAAGAUGUACGAGUACACAGGCCACGACUCCUCAGUGAAUUCGGUGUGUUGGGGCCCUUAUGACUUUGGGCUGAUUCUGGCAUGUGGUAGCUCGGAUGGGGCCAUCUCCCUGCUAACCUUUUCCGGGGAUGGCCAAUGGGACGUCAAGAAGAUCAGCAAUGCACACACUAUCGGCUGCAAUGCGGUAAGCUGGGCUCCAGCAGUGGUGCCUGGGAGUCUCAUAGACCAGCCGUCGGGACAGAAACCCAACUACAUCAAGAGAUUUGUGUCAGGAGGAUGUGACAAUCUCGUCAAGCUUUGGAAGGAGGAGGAUGGACAGUGGAAGGAGGACCAGAAACUGGAAGCUCACAGUGACUGGGUACGAGACGUGGGCUGGGCUCCCUCCAUAGGUCUUCCAACAAGCACUAUUGCCAGCUGUUCCCAGGACGGCAGGGUGUUCAUCUGGACGUGUGAUGACCCUGCGGGGAACACCUGGACAGCCAAGCUCCUGCACAAGUUCAGCGAUGUGGUGUGGCACGUCAGCUGGUCCAUCACAGGGAACAUCCUGGCUGUCUCGGGAGGAGACAACAAGGUGACUCUAUGGAAGGAAUCUGUGGAUGGACAGUGGGCUUGCAUCAGCGAUGUCAACAAGGGCCAAGGAGCUGUGUCGGCAAUCACAGAGGGUCAGCAGAAUGAGCAGUGAGGCUAGAGGGGGGCAGAGGCACACUCUGCCUCUUUGCCUGGACCAUGAGGCCUUGUGCCGUAUCUACAGCAGAGCGCCUCCGUUCAGUGGAGAUGCCUUCUCUCCCACACAGACAUUGCUCUUUUAUAACUUUUUUUUCUUUGAGUCCCUGUAUGCAUCAGCAAAUUAACCUGGACCAAUCCAAGAUGCAGAUUUGUCUUCAAUGUAAUCUUGAUUUUCCCCUCCAAAGAAAACAUUUCAUCAAACUCAGAUCUAUCUUGCCCAUCAGAUGACUCC